AUGGCGGAAGCCUUCGGCGUUGUCGUCAGCGCCUUUACCGUCGUCGAGAUUGCCGGCAAGCUUGGUUCUAGCGCAAUUAAGCUCAAGAAGCUUUGGAAUGAAGCACAGAAUGUGCCCCACGAGAUCAGCCAGCUCGUCGAACAGGUUGACAUCCUCAACACUAUCCUUACAGAGAUGGAUAGAGAGCUCAGUCAGGCGGGCGCGGCGAGCAUUGGCACUUCAGAUGCUAGUCUGAGAUGUUGUCAGCAAGUGGCGAACGAGUUGGAGAUACUGUUGACAGACUUGCAAGAGCAAAUCCUUACAGCGAAGAAGUCACGUAGGAGCAUGACGAAGCUCAAGGUUACUUUGAAAAAGGACCUGAUACAGAGUUGCCAGCAAAAGCUACAGUUCGCCCUGCAGAUGGCACUAUUAUCACAAAAUACGAGGAUUUUUGCCUGUAUUGCUGGUAGGGCUGAGUCAACUAGAAGUGACGUUGAGACACCGAAGGCGACCGCGUUUACUCUUGAGGCUUACCCAAGCCGACACGUGCGACUGACAGAGGAGCCAAACUUCAAUAGCGAAGCUUUUAUUGUGAAGGCAGCCAGGAUGGAGCCACUUCACAAUGCACGGCCUUCCUUCUUCGGCGGCUUUACCAGCCGGACUGUCCCGCACUCUAGGUAUCACGGCGUUCAAGUAUACCAGGCACGAUUACAGUUACCUUGGUGGAUGUCAGCGAGACUAUGGGAUAUUCAGACAUACCGAGCGCACGCUGGAUGGAAGUUCUCCCUGCGAGCUUGGACAGUCCGACCCUACAGCAAUACCCCUAUAUUCAAUUAUAUAAAGGAUGACCGCUGGAGACUUGCGCUACGUGAAAUUGAAGAGCAUCGGGCAUCGUUGUUCGACCGUGACGAGGACGGAUGGACACUGCUACAUUUUGCAGUCAAUUGGGAAAGAAUCGAAAUUGUUCGUCAUUUACUUGGCAUGGGUUUACACUUGGAUGACCUGGAUGUUCAGACCUCUGAACUCCUCACAUUUUCAGCCUUCUGCGAUGACCCGAAUGAUACGUUGGAGCUUUUCAAAAUUUGGGUUCACGUCGCCGUCGAUGACUGCCUGGAAGAUUAUUUUACCCCAGACGAGACCAACCAGAACCUAUCUGCCAUCUCAAGCUUUUUGUGGCAGUCCCCCGAAGCUUACCAAUACGUGACAAGAAGCCUGGCGACCACGUACUAUCAACUCCCGCUGAAAACACUCGUAUCGUUUUACGUAAGGAUUCAGGCCUUCGAUGAGGAGUCUAGCUGGAAAGAACUUGUGCGGUGGAUUCUUCAAGGAGUGUCCUCUCAAAGGCUCAGCAUGCAGACGUCUUUUGUUGCCACGAAGGGGAAACCCCCUUAUUACACGCCACUCAUUUCUGGGCUUUACGACAAUUUAUGGGAUCAUUCAGAAUAUAAACGCAAAACCUCCCUAUUUCUACGAAAGUGGCUGGAAGACGUGCAGAUCUCAGAUCACGACCUUGAAGAAUACGGCCGACGAGAGAUGGAGUAUUUCAAGUGCGAGGUGCGGCUGCGAGAAGAACGUUUGAGGACCUGGUCUGAAACCAUGGAGCCUGAUUCUGGCAUGCGACUGGUAUCUUUUACGUAUGGACCCGAACCUAAAGAUUGGAAACUUGUCUGGAGUCUGGAAGCAGAGGAAUACGCCGGCGAGUUUUGGGAUCUGAUCGAGAAUCCGCCUUUGCGAGUCCCAGGAGCGUGGGUAGACGAGGACUGA